GGGCGCGCGCGGCGGGGAGCUUGCGGAGGCGCGAGUUGCAGUUCGGCUGUAUGUAUGGCGGGGAGGGGCCGGCGGCCCGGAGGGCCGGCUCCGCCCCCUGUGCGCAUGCUCCGGCCUCCGCGGGUUAUAAGGCGGCCGUGCCGGCCGGAGAAGACAAAGUGGCGAGCUGGGACGUGACUAACCGGCCGGCCAAGUGGGUGCUCGAACGCGCGAACAAGGCAGCGGGCGAAGAACGCGAGCCAGACCCCCGGCCCCGCGGAACUCCAGCCUGCUCCGCAGCGUCACGCACACGCUGGGCGCCGCGAGCCGCGCACAUAACGAUAUUUGGAUUUGAAUUGCAUUUUGGAAUUCAUCUACACUUAAAAUGCCACCGGCAAUUGGAGGUCCAGUUGGAUACACCCCCCCAGAUGGAGGCUGGGGGUGGGCAGUGGUAGUUGGAGCUUUCAUUUCCAUCGGCUUUUCUUAUGCAUUUCCCAAAUCUAUUACUGUCUUCUUCAAAGAGAUUGAAGGGAUAUUCCAUGCCACCACCAGUGAAGUGUCAUGGAUAUCCUCUAUCAUGUUGGCUGUUAUGUAUGGUGGAGGUCCCAUCAGCAGUAUCCUGGUGAAUAAAUAUGGCAGUCGUCCAGUCAUGAUUGUUGGUGGCUGCUUGGCAGGUUGUGGCUUGAUUGCAGCUUCUUUCUGUAACACUGUACAGGAACUUUACUUCUGCAUUGGAGUCAUUGGAGGUUUUGGACUUGCCUUCAACUUGAACCCGGCUCUGACUAUGAUUGGCAAGUAUUUCUACAAGAAGCGACCACUGGCAAAUGGACUAGCUAUGGCAGGAAGCCCUGUGUUCCUCUCUACCCUGGCCCCGCUCAAUCAAGCUUUCUUCGGUAUCUUUGGCUGGAGAGGAAGCUUCCUAAUUCUUGGAGGCUUACUACUAAACUGCUGUGUAGCUGGAUCCCUGAUGCGACCAAUAGGGCCGAAGCCAACUAAGGCAGGGAAAGAUAAAAGUAAAGAUUCUCUUGAGGAAGCUGGAAAAUCUGAUGCAAAAAAAAGUACAAGUGAUGCAAAUACAGAUCUUAUUGGAGGACACCCCAAAAAAGAGAAACAAUCAGCCUUUCAAACAAUUAAUAAAUUCCUGGACUUAUCCCUGUUCAGUCACAGAGGCUUUUUGCUGUACCUGUCUGGAAAUGUGGUUAUGUUUUUUGGACUCUUUACACCUUUAGUCUUUCUUAGUAAUUAUGGUAAGAGUCAGCAUUAUUCUAGUGAGAAGUCUGCCUUCCUUCUUUCCAUUUUGGCUUUUGUUGACAUGGUUGCCAGACCUUCCAUGGGACUUGUAGCCAACACAAAGUGGAUAAGACCUCGAGUUCAGUAUUUCUUUGCUGCUUCUGUUAUCGCAAAUGGAGUGUGUCAUUUGCUAGCACCAUUAUCCACCAGCUACGUUGGGUUCUGUAUCUAUGCGGGAUUCUUUGGAUUUGCCUUUGGAUGGCUCAGCUCCGUAUUGUUUGAAACACUGAUGGACCUCGUUGGACCCCAGAGGUUCUCCAGCGCUGUGGGAUUGGUGACCAUUGUGGAAUGCUGUCCUGUCCUCCUGGGGCCACCACUUUUAGGUUCUCUCAAUGACAAAUAUGGAGACUACAAAUACACAUACUGGGCAUGCGGUGCAAUCCUAAUUAUUGCAGGUGUCUAUCUCUUCAUUGGCAUGGGCAUCAAUUAUCGACUUUUGGCAAAAGAACAGAAAGCAGAGGAGGAGAAAAAGGAAAGUAAGGAGGAGGAAACCAGUAUAGAUGGUGUUGAGAAGCCAAAAGAAGUUACUAAAGCCGCAGAAUCUCCAGACCAGAAAGGCACAGAAGGAGGCCCCAAAGAGGAGGAGAGUCCAGUCUGAACCCAUGGGGCUGAAGGGUAAAUGGAGCAGUUCAUGACUCAAGAUAUCUGAAAAUAUUCUACUGGCCUGUCAUCUACCAGUGGUGCUUAAUGCAGAUAGUGGACAUUUAUGUGAAAAUCAUACCAGGUGUUCAUUGAUGAAAUUUUUGUUUCACUCCUUACCAAUAGCCUGAAUUAAAUAUGCCAUAUUCUUUGGGGAGGGAGUGGUUGGUGGCAAAGGAUGAGGGAAGGAAGUAGGUUUUGUUUUGUUUUGUUUUAUUCUUAGUUUUCAACAGUGUCAUGAAGAUUAUAAUAUGUGCCUUAAGUUUUAGUCUCUAGAACUCUUUAGAGGGCCUUAACUUUUAAAACCAUUCUGUUGAAUUCAUCAAUUUUGAGUAUCAUGUUAAAAGGAAAAAUAACUAACUUGUUUGAGGCAAAUCUAAAAUUUAAAAUUAAUCUUGCUUCCUUGCUAUUUGUAAAUAUAUUCUCAGACAUUUUCACUGGAAGAUUUAUGAAUAGAAAUAUUGGUUGAAAGUUGGAGGUUUUACAAAAUGCAGACUCAUAUCUUCUAGCAGCAGUAGUUGCCUGGCAUAUGUGCCUGCUAGCUAUGUAUUUGCAAAAUUUAAAGCAUAAAACUUGGGGAACAUCUUGGCUGCUCUAGCCACAUUGUGCUUGUUAACACCCCUCAGGUACCUUUUCUUGGGAUGCUUAUUAGAAGCCAAGUAAGUGCUUGAAGGUUGUUUUCAUUAAAUUACUACUUUUGCUCCCCUGUUCAAAGACACAUUGAGUAGUUAUAGAUCAUUGCCCUUUUUGAAAUCAUGUGGUAUUAUUUUUCAAACUGUAAAACUUAGUAUUAAAAUCCGUUAAGCUAUAUAUCAAAACUAUCUGUUUGUGCCUCCUCAGUAAAUAUAACACAUAUAAUUAAAUGUAGACAGAUAUUUCAAACAUCAGCUAAAUUCAGCCUAGGUUUUUCCAAAACCUCCGUUAAUAUGUGAGACUGUUGGAAUUUUUUUUUUUUUCCUGGAAUUUUUCCCCUUUGAUUCACAGUGGUCCCAUUUAUAUUUGCUUCUAGCUUAGAGCUAUGUGUGAGAUAUUCAGUUUGUAUGUGUUUGGUAUUUUUUAAAUUUUUUUCAAUGUUUGCAAAUUAAAGAGGGCCAGAAAAAUUUGGCACCAGGCAAACCAAUAAAGAUAAGAUUGGGAGGGAAGCUA